AUGACCAAUCUUUAUUCCCUAGGAGCAGCUCAAGUAAACAAUUUGUGCGCAUCCGAACAACUUUCAAUCAUUGCAGCUGGUUAUAGUGACAUUACUCUGAAGCCAGCGUCUUCUUGUCCUUACAAUGCGUUUGUUUAUACUAAAAACUUAGCUCAAGUAAAUAAUCUAUGUUCAACCGAACAGCUCUCAAUAAAUGCAGCUGAUACUAGUACCGUUACUUUCCAACAAUCAUCGCCGUGUCCCAAAGUAACGAGUAUCUUAUCUACAAAUGCAAGUGGCGUCUUCAAUGUUUGUGCAGCUGAACUAAUGUCGGUCACAGCAAACGAUAAUUCGAAUGUUACUUUGAGACAAUGCUCAGACAAUGCCACCGUUUCUACUUCAAGUUCAGGGAACGUUUACAACCUCUGUGCCUCGGAACAACUCUAUAUCAUUGCAGUUGAUAAUAGUACGGUUGCUCUGCAACAAUCAUCAUGCACAAAAAAUGUUACUAUUAAUCAUAAUAAUUCAGCUCAAGUUACUAAUCUGUGUGCCACCGAACAACUUUCUGUUCAAGCUAGCGGAUUAGUAUCACUUGCUCUUCCUUCAUCGUCAUGUCCGUAUGUGACAAAUGUUACUGGGCAACAACAAGCUCAACUGAGCAAUGUUUGUGCAACCCAACUGCUAUCCAUCGUUAUGAGUGAUCUCGCAACUGUCAAUAUUAACCCUGCAAGCGCAUGUCCAAAUGCAGCUAAUGUUUACACUUAUAAUGUAUCUCAGGUUAAUAAUCUAUGUGCAUCUGACUCGUUAUAUAUCAAAGCAGCUGACCUUAGUACUGUUACUUUACAACAAUCAUCUUCCUGUUCGACUGGAAGUGCGACUGUUUAUACAACAAAUGAAGCUAAAGUAAAAAAUAUAUGUGCGACACAGUCAUUGUACGUCAGUGCAGCUGAUCUUAGUACUGUUACUUUGCCGCAGUCGUCUUCUUGUUCUUCUAAUGCAAAUAUUAACACUAUAAAUGAGGCUACGGUAAAUAAUCUAUGUGCAUCGAACUCGUUGUUCAUCAGUGCAGCUGAUCUUAGUACUGUUACUCUGCAUCCAUCGUGUUCGUGUUCUUCAACAGCAAGUGUUAACACUAACGGUGUGGCUAAGGUAAAUAAUCUGUGUGCGACCGAACAAGUCACAAUAAAUGCCGCUGAUGAAAGUAUAGUUACUUUCAAUCUAUCGUCACCAUGUCCGAAAGUAACGAACAUUAACUGUCAAAAUAGCGCUGCCGUCGUCAAUGUUUGUGCAGUUGAACAAUUGUCAGGCAAUGCAUACGGUUCCAGUAGCAUCCAAGUGAUCCAACAGUCCUCAUGUCCUCUCGUUACCAUGGUUUCUGCACACGAAGGCGGAUCAAUUACAAAUCUGUGUGCCACGGAACUGCUGACUAUCGUGACUGAUGGUGGCGCUGUUGUUUCGUUACAGCCGGGCACAUGUACAAAAACUGUAACAAUUAAUAAAAAUGGAGGAGCUAACAUUUAUAAUCUUUGUGCUUCGGAACAACUUUCUAUUCAAGAUAACAGUGGAACACCACUUACUCUUGUGUCAUCAUCAUGUCCGUCUGUAGUAACUAUUAAUGCCCUAGCUGGACUUCCUAAUGGAAAUCAGUUGAUUAAUGUUUGUGCGACUCAACUCUUAACCAUGACUAUCUCUGGUCGGGUUGGUGUUGUUAUUAACUCAGCAUUUUGCCCGAAAAUUGCUAAUGUCUCCGCUUCAUCAGGGGCGAUAGUUCAAAACCUUUGUGCCACUGAACAAAUGUCUAUCAAUGCUCCUGAUGGAACGCAAAUUUAUAUUGACUCAUCAAAAUCAUGCACGUACGCGACCAGUGUUUAUGCGAAUAACGGUGGCACAGUUAGCAAUGUCUGUGCUCUUGAACAAUUGUAUGUUCAGGCUCUUCAAGGUAGUAACGUUACUAUGAAGCAAGGUACAUGUGCCAAAAAUGUGAAUAUUGACAAUGAAGAUGGUGCAAAGAUUUUUAAUCUAUGUGCAGUUGAACAGUUGACAGUUAAGGCCACCGGGGGUGUCGUACUGAACCUUGACUCAACAUCAUCCUGUCCUUACAAUGCAACAGUUAAUUGUCAAAACGAAGCUAUAAUUACAAAUCUGUGUGCCUCGAAACAAAUGGUUAUCAAUGCCCUCGAUGGUACAGUAGUUAAUAUUAGCUCAACAACCACUUGUCCAAAAGUUGCAAAUAUCACUACAACUAUCAAUGCAAGUGUCAAUAAUGCCUGCGCAACCGAAACAAUCUAUAUCCAAGCUUCAAAUUCAUCUCAAGUUACAAUGCAACGAUCGUCGUCAUGUCCCAAUGUUGCAAAUGUUCUGGGAUAUCUCAAUGCAACUGUCUACGUUUGUGCGACACAAGCAAUUAAUGCGAUAAUAACAGGAAAUACAACAGUUUACUAUCAAGGACCGUUGAAUAAUACCCAAAUAUCGCAGUUUGGACUUAUCUUGCCAUGGUCAUGA